CCUAAAUCUUCGAAGGACCUCAACCCGCUAAGCACUAACAUUAGCAGACAACUGAGAAGCUCACAAAAUCCUAUUCUGAAAUUGCUCUCUGCGGUUCGGCCUCACUUCUCACCCUCGUCGUCUCGCCAUUACCGCCGGCCGCCAUUUUGCAGCGACAAGCAGCCCAGCCAAUUGCCGUCCGUCCGCCAGAGAUCUGCGUCGCCAGUCGCCGUUUACGCCAGAAUUUACAGAAAGCCUGAAAGAUAGAGUUGAUCUUAUCUCGGCUCAAAUCUCUGUCGUAGCUUAAACCCUAAAAUCGUACUGAGAAAUCCGAUUAAUUACAGCGGGGCCGGUAACCCCAAAAUCUGUGAAUUCCAACAUGCCCGACGCCGUUUCUAUGCCAAACAAUUCCUUGCCGGGAAACUCCGUCUCUCCUUCGCCAAUUUUAAUCGACGGGUCUGAGGAAGACGCGGUUUUGGCUCGAUCCAAAUUCUUGCAUCGGAUGGAGGUUUUGCGGCGGCGGCGCCGUCGGGUCAAGCAGCUGGCCCAUAUAUACCGGGAUCACUACUGGGCUUUGAUGGAGGAGCUGAAGCUCAAGCACAGAGAGUACUAUUGGGAGUAUGGGAAAAGCCCUUUCCAGGAAGACAAUGAAGAGAAUAACAUAGCCAUCACAGGGACAGGGGAGAACCCGAAUCCCAACCCCAACCUCAAUUCCAACAAUCCUAUCAGUAAUAAGUGUGGGGUAAUUACGUGCAAGUCGAAGGCCAUGGCUUUGACGAGGUUCUGUCAUGCGCAUAUCCUAUCAGACCCCAACCAGAAGCUCUACAAGGCUUGCAAUUACGUGAAGAAAACUACUGCAACGGGGCCGAUGUUCUGUGGGAAUCCUGUCUUGAGAUCCAUGGUUCCUUCUCUCUGCCAUACCCAUUUAGAGAUGGUGGACAAAUAUGCUACGAGGGCCUUCAAGAAGGCAGGGCUGAAUAUAUCUUCAACCACUAAGUUUGCUCCGAAAUUACAGGUCAUACUUGUGGAGUAUGUCAACCGAAUUCAGAGCAAGAGGAGAGCAUUGAAGGCUGCUUUAGAGAACUCGGAAACAAAGGAGGAUAUCUGCUCUUGAUGGCCGGCCUGGCUUACUCUCAUGGAUUUGACUGUAUAUUUCUCAACAAAUUUGCAAAUAGGUGACCUGUGCAUUGGAUUUUUCUUUAAUAUUUUCUGCUUAAUUCAUUUGCAAAUAGAUAGACUUGUGCAUUGGGUUUUUCUGAUCAAUUCAUUUGAUAUGAUUGAACGGUUGAUUCUUUAUUAAU